CAUGCGGUAUAAGAAGCUCCCUUGAAGGGAUCAAACAUACAGCAUCAUCCCCCUUUUCUUUCUUACUCAAACCCAAGCUGGAUGCCCUAUGUGCCAAAGACAGAGAAAAGAGAAAAGAGAAGGGUCCCAACAGAGAGAUGGCUGGCUUGAUCUACUGCGUACGGAGUACGAUAAUACGGGAGACGGGGCGGCAUGAUAGAUCCCUAGAUUACCAUACCGGAUCAUACCGGGCGGUGCCACCCACCGCCGCCCAGCCGUUCUCUGUCUUCAUCGUCGUCGUCUUCUCCUCCCUCGUCUCCUCCCUCGUCUCCUCCCUCCUCCGUCUCCAGCCUCGUUCGUUUCCCCCGCAUGGCCAGAUCGCCGCCAUGCCCCCUCGUCGUCGCACUGCCGCCGCCUGUCUGUUCUGUCGCGAGAAAAAGGUGAUCCCUUUCCAAUUGACCCGGUCCCCCACCGCUCCGCUGACGAAUCCCGUGGGUGUCCGGUAACUAGCUGAGAUGUGACGCGAUCGAGCCCACGUGUGGGAAUUGCGCCGCGAAGGGACGGACGUGCCAACCCGGCCUGGUGCUGCCCAAGCAGAGGUCUGUACCUAGUCUCUAUCCGUCCGUCUACUCCUCCCCUCUCACAACAUAGACCCACGAACCAGCGCAUCGCCCAGCUGGAGCACGAAAACCACGCGCUGCGCGCCCAUCUGCG